UCCAGAGUAGACAUUCUGAAAAGAAAGAGGCGCUGAGAUGGCUUUCUUCAACUUAUAUCUAUUAGGGUAUCAGAAUUCCCUUCGGCAUAAAAAGAGAAACACAACUGAAGAAACAGACCAGAAGGAUGCAGUGUCCUCUAGGUUUCCCCCAAUUGUCUCAGAAGAUGGUAAUUAUUCCAUACACCAGAAUAGCCACUCAAGGUACCAUGAAGCUGUACGGAAGGUGUUGUUAAAAACAUUCCCCAAUCAGGUCUUCAGAGUCCCAGUGACAGAUGCUCAGAACUUCAGCUUCUGGAGGACCCACAAUCCAGGAGUGCGCCCAGAGGAAACAAUACCAUGGAUCCGGACCCCACGCCACUGUCUAAUUAAAAGCUCAAUGACCAGAUAUAUGGACCAUUCCAUUCUCAAUGACAAGACCUUCACUCUAUAUUGAGGAGGGCACACUUGAAGAAUAACAUGAAAGCUGGAAGGAGGGC